GUUGUCGAUGCCAACAACUUUUGUGUCUUCUUACCACCUGAAGACUCUGCCAAUAGAAACAUUGCUGAUACUGAAUGGGAAGGCCAAGCGUUCUGUCUUGGUAAUGCACCCAAGGCCACCAAUGCUGGCAAAUUGAAAGAUGGAUUCAUUCUGUCCGCGCAUUAUGUUGCCACCGAUAAGUAUGUCCAAGUGACAGGCCAAAUGGAUCCCUCAAAGGCUAGACUGAAUACAUCAGAUGAAGGUGGUCAGUUUGACAUCAAGGCACCCAAAGGCUCAUCCUGUGCCGGUUGGAAGUACUAUGUCAACUUGAUCGAACCCGUAACCAACACUUACUGUAUGCGAUGCUGUAAUGAUGACAGAACCUGUAACCGAGGUAUCUCUGAAAAAGGAUGUGCUCAUAUCAUUCCUGGUGACUAC